AUGAUUCACGCCGUUCUCAUUUUUAACACUCAUGGUAAACCUCGUUUAUCUAAAUUCUAUACACCUCUAUCAGCUUUAAUCCAACAAUCUCUCAUCUCACAAAUAUUCUCUCUCAUCUCAGAUAGACCCAGUGGUGUAUGUAACUUCCUCGACGCUCCAGAUCUAGUAUUCCCCUCGCAAACGGGAACCAAAAUUGGUUCUACUUUGGAAAGCCCAUACGAUGGUAAGACAUCGUUUGAAAGUGUGAGAGGAAAGGGGAGAGAAUCAGAAGGAUCUUCAAGUGGGAUAGGUGGGAAAGGGGAAGAUGAUACCAGAGUUAUUUAUCGACAUUAUGCUACUUUAUAUUUCGUGUUCGUAGUAGAUGGAGCUGAGAGUGAAUUGGGAAUAUUAGAUUUGAUACAAGUUUUCGUAGAAUCUUUAGAUAGAGCAUUCGAAAAUGUUUGUGAACUUGAUCUUAUUUUUCAUUUCGAUGAUGUUCACCAUGUUUUAAGUGAGAUCAUACAAGGUGGUUUAGUAUUAGAAACCAACAUACAUGAGAUAACAGCUUGUGCACAAAAUUCAUUACGAAAUAGAAAAGCUUCAUCAACAUCAUCAAACCCUCUCAUACCUAGUUUAUUAACCACACCUUCUUUCCGUCCUGGUAGAUCUGAUGGAGGGAAAGGUUGGUUAUCCGUCAUGGGUGUUUAA